AUGGAAAUAAGUAUGAUAAAUUAUAAGUCGCUAUUGGCACUUUUGUUUAUAUUAGCCUCCUGGAUCAUUUUUACAGUUUUCCAGAACUCCACAAAGGUUUGGUCUGCUCUAAACUUAUCCAUCUCCAUCCAUUACCAGAACAACUCCGCAAAGUCCUUAUUCCCUAAAACACCACUGAUACCAUUAAAGCCACUAACAGAAACUGAACUCAGAAUAAAGGAAAUCAUAGAGAAACUAGAUCAGCAGAUCCCACCCAGACCUUUCACCCACGUGAACACCACCACCAGCGCCGCACACAGCACAGCCACCAUCCUCAACCCUCAAGAUACGUACUGCAGGGGAGACCAGCUGCACAUCCUGCUGGAGGUGAGGGACCACUUGGGACGCAGGAAGCAAUAUGGUGGGGAUUUCCUGAGGGCCAGGAUGUCCUCCCCAGCGCUGAUGGCAGGUGCUUCAGGAAAGGUGACUGACUUCAACAACGGCACCUACCUGGUCAGCUUCACUCUGUUCUGGGAGGGCCAGGUCUCUCUGUCUCUGCUGCUCAUCCACCCCAGUGAAGGGGCGUCGGCUCUCUGGAGUGCAAGGAACCAAGGCUAUGACAGGGUGAUCUUCACUGGCCAGUUUGUCAAUGGCACUUCCCAAGUCCACUCUGAAUGUGGCCUGAUCCUAAACACAAAUGCUGAAUUGUGCCAGUACCUGGACAACAGAGACCAAGAAGGCUUCUACUGUGUGAGGCCUCAACACAUGCCCUGUGCUGCACUCACUCACAUGUAUUCUAAGAACAAGAAAGUUUCUUAUCUUAGCAAACAAGAAAAGAGCCUCUUUGAAAGGUCAAAUGUGGGUGUAGAGAUUAUGGAAAAAUUCAAUACAGUUAGUGUCUCCAAAUGCAACAAAGAAACAGUUGCAAUGAAAGAGAAAUGCAAGUUUGGAAUGACAUCCACAAUCCCCAGUGGGCAUGUCUGGAGAAACACAUGGAAUCCUGUCUCCUGUAGUUUGGCUACAGUCAAAAUGAAGGAAUGCCUGAGAGGAAAACUCAUAUACCUAAUGGGAGAUUCCACGAUCCGCCAGUGGAUGGAAUACUUCAAAGCCAGUAUCAACACACUGAAGUCAGUGGAUCUGCAUGAAUCUGGAAAAUUGCAACACCAGCUUGCUGUGGAUUUGGAUAGGAACAUCAACAUCCAGUGGCAAAAACAUUGUUAUCCCUUGAUAGGAUCAAUGACCUAUUCAGUCAAAGAGAUGGAGUACCUCACCCGGGCCAUUGACAGAACUGGAGGAGAAAAAAAUACUGUCAUUGUUAUUUCCCUGGGCCAGCAUUUCAGACCCUUUCCCAUUGAUGUUUUUAUCCGAAGGGUCCUCAGUGUCCACAAAGCCAUUCAGCAUCUUCUUCUGAGAAGCCCAGACACUAUGGUUAUCAUCAAAACAGAAAACAUCAGGGAGAUGUACAAUGAUGCAGAAAGAUUUAGUGACUUUCAUGGUUACAUUCAAUAUCUCAUCAUAAAGGACAUUUUCCAGGAUCUCAGUGUGAGUAUCAUUGAUGCCUGGGAUAUAACAAUUGCAUAUGGCACAAAUAAUGUACACCCACCUCAACAUGUAGUCGGAAAUCAGAUUAAUAUACUAUUAAACUAUAUUUGUUAA